CAUCUGGCAAGGCAGUGGGCUCCGAGUCAACUCGUAUGACCGCGGGCACUGGGUCAGACAUUGGAUCGUCUCGGCUGGACAGCGGGCAUGGGUCACCAGGCAUCAGGUCAUUUGGGCUCAACAGCGAGGCACCGUGUCAUCUGGCAAGACAGGGGCACCAAGGUCACCAGGCACGACCGUGGGCUCUGAGUCAAUUGGCACGACAGCAGGCACCGAGUCAUCAGGUACCGGAUUGUCUGGCUCGACAGCAGGCAUCGGGUCACCAGGCAUCAAUGUCAUUUGGCUCGCCAGCGGGCACACCGCGUCAUCUGGCAAGGCAGGUGGGCACCGAGUCACCAGGUACGACAAGCGGGCUCUGAGUCAAUUGGCACGACAGCGGGCACCGGAUCAGGUACCGGAUCAUCUGGAUCAACAAGCGGGCAUCGAGUGUCAACUGGC